AUGUCGAACAACAUGUUACAUUCCUUGUCGCCGACGACGCCGGGACUACAAGCCCUUCCGCACCCUUUCGCAAGCCCCAACAGCAACCAUGCGCGCGGUUUUAAGCGCUCGGCAUCCAGCGACGACGACGAAAACGGCGAUGGAGAUACGCGCCCGUCGUCGUCGUCGCGGCGCAAUACCGCCGUGAAGCGCGCAUGCAACGAGUGUCGCCAGCAAAAGCUCAAAUGCAACGUUCAGCAAGAUCCCUUCGUCAGCUGCGCCCGCUGCCAGAAGCAAAACCUACGAUGCGUCAUCGAGCCAAACUUCAAGCGCAUAGGCAAGCGCAACCGGAAUGCAGAGAUGGAGAAGGAAAUGGAAUAUCUCCGCGAGAGGCUGGCAAUGUACGAGGGCCAGUCCACGCCAAACCAACCUGUCCUCAAAGCUCCGCCGCAAACGUCAAAUAAUAGUCACAACUUCACUCCCGGUCCAGUGCCCAAGGUCGAGGAUGAUGCAUUUUUACAAACACAACACACACAAGUUGCGGCAACGUCUCUCCUCGACCUGCGCAGCGGAUCGCCUAUGUUCUUUUCGCUCGGCGCUGGCGAAGUGAGGCUUGGGCACAGCGAGGUCAACGACUUGUUCACCGAGUAUUUCCAGCUCUACCAUCCAUUUUUGCCAUUCCUAGACCAGGUGCGGUCGCCCGACGAAUACUAUUCUCAGGACCAUAAGCUCUUGUUCUGGGCCAUUAUUGCUGUUGCCGCACGGCGCUACGGGCCUAGGCCGUCCCUCCUCAAGGAACUUGCCAAACCACUCAGCGAUCUGAUAUGGGAUUCGAUAAGAAAUCAGCCCAACCAUCACGUGGUCAAGGCCUUGUGUCUUCUCUGUACCUGGCCUUUACCAGCCGAGCGAACAGUAACAGAUCCAACCUUUAUCCUCUCUGGUGCCAUGAUGCAAGUCGCAAUGCAAAUAGGCCUACACCAGCCGACCCAUCCAGAUGACUUUUCUAGAACGAAGAUGCGCCUACGGCAAGAGGAUAUUCACGAUCGCCUGAGGACAUGGGCUGUCUGCAAUAUUGUAGCACAAACGGUAUCGACAGGAAACGGACAGCCCUCUAUCACACUCUACGAUACCACGCUUGAUUUCAAAGUGGAUGACGAGGAGCACAUGCGUAUCAUACCGCCAACGCUGUUUGUUCGGCUUCGCCAAGAAAUGGCAGCAAGCAGGAUUAACAAGCUACUGUACUCAGUGAACAGUCGUCGAUUUGCCGAAGGUGCUGCCAUCAGCUAUAUGAGUCUCGAAGCAGAUCGCCUGAAAGAGGAGCGUGUUAAAGAGGAAAAUAGUUCUCUUGAUGGCGUUGAUAGUGAUCUGGAAGAGCUAUAUCAUUACGCCGUCUCAUUGCACCUUCACCUAUACUCUUUCUUCAGCACUGAAGCCCGACUGGAGCGACGGGACGAUCUUGUCGCCUUGUACUUCGCCGCGACAGCUUACCUGGAACGCGUCUUCAAAUUGCAUAGCGAUGGAAAGCUACCCUACGUUCCCUAUUAUGUAAUGCAGAUGGCACUCGCAGCUGGAUUCGCCCUACUCAAACUCCUCAAUUCCGAUUUUGCCAGCAAAUUGCCUGCGGACAAAGGUCGACAAUUCGUACUGCAAACGGUUGACGCACUGAGAAAGGCCAAAGUGUGGUCCAACGACCUUUUGGAUCGGUUCGCUGAAGUGCUAGCACAGCUCUGGAAGGAAAGCUCUCGAGGUCGCAGCUUGCACAGCAUGUCGCAAUCACCCUCCCUUAGCAAUGCAGGCAUGAACAGCAGUAUGUUCAACCACCACAAUCAGCGGCAACAGCAACAACACGAGCAAAGACGGAGCAGUGCCACAUUACUGGAUGAUCCUCUCGGCCUAAUAAUCAGAAGCCGGAUGAGUAUGAGCGUAGUAUUCGACUGUGCAUGGCGCUGGCGCGAGGCGCAGGUUGCCGGUGCCGCGGAAUUACUCGAAAAAACCGUUACAACGAAUCCUACCAACCCGGACUCUUCUGGUAAUUCUACGCCACCGAAUGGCGUGGUAAUUGAGAAUCCCGCGCAUACCCUGCCAAACUUCAAUCCACACAUCAAUACGCUCAGUAUGCCCCUUCAGCUCUCCAAUGGCAUGGCGAGCGCCAAUAGUUUUGAAAUGUUCGACUCUGUAUCUUGGUUGCUGGAUACACAACCAGAUUGGACAUAUGGCAGUGGAACUUUUGGAAACGAUUUUGGUGUCUAA